AUGAACAGUGAAUUAAUAUUUAAGAAUUAUUUGUGUUCACUAGAAAAUGAUAAUAAGACAAUAACAUUGAUCGUCGGCUGCGGCGGAGCAUUAAAGGAAGGAAAUGAAAGACAUCGUCGUCAUGCAUUGAAUUCUCAAACAUUUGAUUUGUCUGAUUAUAAUCAGCCAACCUAUACAUUUGACAUGAAGAAAGGAACUGAUCCAAAAUUAAAAUUUAAACAAAAUAAUGUGAUUUUAAUUGUUCAAGCAGAUGAAUCGAUCGAUAUAUCCCACGAUGCAUCGCCCAAUACAUGGCACGAUGUAUCGGCAGCUUUAUCGGGCGAUUUCACGCGUGUCUCACCUGCAGCCGAUAUACAACUAGAUUCAUCUUCCGAUAUAUUGCCCGAUGAAUCGGGUUAA